GCAUGUAUAAGCCUUCCUCUGUGACGCUGCCUGCCUACUCUGGAUGUCGUUGGGCCAUCCGGACAUUUAAUAACAAAAAUGACGAGUCUGGAUCCGCUGAAAUCGGUUAUUUCCAUCGGGAAUGUGGACGACACGUCUCUGGCUCUGCCGUCCGGUAACCAGUUUCGAUCAGGGCAACAGCGCGUCCUGGAACAAGUCCAGAUUAUCCGGAGGACCAAGUCCAGGAGGUCCAGCAGCAGCAGGAGUGGAUCUACUUCUUUAUCUCCAACAACCCCCACGUGUGACUCCGUGUUCAUAGAUGCUCCAAACUCACCGACCAGCAAAGUUAGUGGAACCCUCUACUUUGGGAAUUCUAAAACUCUCAGCGUAGAGAAAAACAAUCGGCAACUAGUGAACAACAUACAGGGAUCCGGAGUGAAGAGGAACACAAGAGCUUCUACCUAUCAAUAUGAGAGGUGUUACGCCCCGGUCGGAUCCAUGGCCGUCUGUCAGACCUACACCAGCCGUAGCGAGCCUGGUGGAGCCCGGCAGCUCUCCAUGCCAAAAAAACACGUUCCUCUGCAGAGACUUGUUUCCAACAGGGGCACCUACAGGACAGAGAGGGGCACCAGUCAGUUUAUAACAAACACCACGUCCCAGCCUCAUCUUCAGCCUUUGCACAUUAUGAAUGGCACAAGUCAGACCAAGUCAGACAGCCAGAUCGUGUACAGCAAAGGUGACGUGACCAAAACACUCUCGAAGCCUCCCGUUACCCAGGGUGCUCCAAAUAGCAAAGGAGAUUCUGGGUCAAAUGAUAACAGUGGAGUUGCUGACAUCACUAUGAAGGAGGCUGUGCAUUUUCUUUCCAACGAUGAUGAGACAUAUCAGCACUGCGGCGCUUCCUACAUACAGCACAACACUUUCAUCGGCGACAAGGCUAAAGAGGAGGUUUUGAAGCUGAACGGGAUCCAUCCCUUGGUGAAUCUGCUACGCAGCUCCAGUUUACAAGUCAACCAGACAGCCUUGGCUGCCCUCCGUAACCUGUCCUUUAAAAGCCAAAAUAACAAGGAGGAGAUAUAUCGCUCGGGGGGCAUCACAGAGGCCGUGGCUCUGCUCAGAGAGACAGACUCUGUAGAGAUACAGAAACAACUAACAGGUCUCUUGUGGAAUCUGUCCUCUGUAGACAGCCUGAAGCCAGACCUGCUAAAGAGUGCUCUGCCAGUCCUUAUCGAGCGUGUGAUUGUGCCUUACACAACCGGUCCUAAGCAGACCAGCAGUAACAGCCAAGACCCUGAGGUCUUCUUCAACGCCACCGGAUGUCUAAGAAACCUUAGCAGUACAAAGCAAAGCAACAGACAGACGAUGAGAAAGUGUCGCGGUUUGGUUGACUCUUUGGUCAGCUAUGUGAAAGACUGCGUGGAUGCAGGAAACCCAGAUGAUAAGUCUGUAGAAAACUGCGUGUGUAUCCUACACAACCUGACGUUCCAGCUGGAGGCCGAGGCUCCGGCCCUAUUCAGCAGGAUCACAGCGUUGGCCAAGACUGUCAACAAGGACCACAUUCAGGGGGACACCGGCCGUAUCGGCUGCUUCAGUCCCCAAAGCAAAACAUCAGAACACGAGCGCCACUUUGACUUCCCGGUCGUUGAGGAUCCACAACCUAACGGGGCCGGUUGGCUGAUCCACUCCCAAACCCUGCAGACUUACCUUUCUUUGCUUGGCACCAGCCAGCGAGAAGAAACACAGGAAGCCUGUUGUGGAGCCCUGCAGAACCUCACCACAUAUGAAGGCAUUGUCUCCAGUGUGAUGAGCCAGACCAUUGUGCAAAAACUGAAUGGCUUGCAAGUUAUCUGUCCUCUUUUAAAAUCUAAUAAAGUUACCAUGCAGAAGAACACAGUGGCUUUGGUGGGAAACCUGGCCAAGAACCCAAACCUGCACAAUGCCAUAGCUCGUAAAGCCCUCCCAGAGCUGCUAGGCAUCCUCAGCGCAGGCACUAAGGGAGGAAAUGAGUCUGAUGACACACUGGCCAUGGCUUGUCGGACCUCCAACUGCCUGUUCAUGAAGGAACCUGAGAUGGGCAAGCACCAUUUAAACAACAAGCUGAUUAACUCACUGAAAGAUCUAAGCCUAAACGGAUAUUUCCCAAAAUCCAGCAAAGCUGCAGCCCUGCUUCUCUAUAACCUGUGGUCAGACAAAGAUUUACAAAGCUUCCUAAAAAAGCAAGGAAUGAGCAAGUCCUCUUUUGUGAACGACAUCACCACGGCAGCACACAAGUCGGUUCAAGUUGUUGAUUAACUUGACUAACUUAAAUGGAUCUCUGAAAGUAACUCCCCAGAGUUACUCACGUGCAAGUCCUCUGCACAUCUGGCUGAGCAGCAUCCUUACCCAUACCACAAAUACUUAGAAAGUGUCUUAAUAUGUGUAUCCACAUCAUGUUUCCCUGUAAAUGCAGGUUACUUUUCCUUUGUAGGGAAACAAGUUGAAGCGUAAGAUGUGUCACGUUAGCAACCAGACUGGCAUUGUUUGCUUUUCUAAUUUUAACUGCUUUCAUUUUAAUUUUUGGAAUGUCUGCAAUAUUCUACCAUGGCUUUGCUUCAGUAGAUAAUAACAUAGGGUCAGUUGUCCAAAAGAUUUAAUUUGGAUAAAAAUGAUCCAGAUUUGGAAAACCCUUUUUUUUUUUUUGCUAUUCAGAAUCAAGUAAUCGGUCUUACUUUUAUGCCGGUUUUUCAAAGCAACAUUUGACUGGAUCACCCUGAUCCAGAUACACAGUUUUGGGGCCGGUUGUUCAAAAGAUUUAAUCUGGAUCAAAAUGAUCCGGAUUUGGAAAUCCCAUUUUUUUUUUUUGCUAUCCAGGAUUAGGUAAUCUGUCUUAUUUUUAUGCCCGCUUUUCAAAGAUCACCCUGAUCCAGAUACAGUUUUCAAGAUUACCAUAUGAGGAUUAGCAGUGCUGUAGGACAACCUAUCAUAAUGUGGGCCACCAGCUUUGUAGAGAAAAGGUAGUAGAACCAACAUGGGGUCACUGGAAAUCUUUCGUAUUUUGAGACAAAACACAAAAAAAACAGCAACAUCCACUUCCAUUCAUAAUUUCUUUUAUGGCCCUUCAUCCGGGCCUCAACAAAUACAAAACAAAUAUACAUUAACAAAUACAUUGUGGAUAUUUUGAAAAUUUAAUAAAUAAAAAAAGGCUUAAAGUCUAAUAGUUAACAAAAUAAAGAAUGUUCAAGGUUCUUCUUCAUCUGAGGAAGAGAGAACAGAAUUUAUUUUUGUCAUCUCUGAUGAUUGUUUCUUUGAAAUAAAUAUACAGUGAUGAAUGACAGAACAAUGUAAUUUAUUAUUUUUGUUUGAUAUUGAAAUAUGUUAGGGGGAUUGUUUCAUCGGGACAAGAUCAUUUUUCUUUUGUAAUUGAUAGCCUAUGUGUACUUUAUCUACUUGUAUCAAUGUUACAACGGUUACACAAGUCAAGUGCAAAUAUAAAUAGACGUAUAAACACUAAAUGAUACAAAUGUAUUAUUUGACCAGUUUUAAAGUUUGACUAUAUUUUCUUCCUGGAAUCCACCUUGAAAUCCUACGCCCUGUAAGGAUCUGGAUAAUCCUGUAUUUUUUUUGGAUCAAAGUUAUCCAAAUCCUGAAUAUUUAAUCCAGAUUAAAACUAGGAUUGGAUUCCAUGAUCCAAUCUGAUUUCAGAUUCUUUCUUUCCCUUUUGAACAACACAUUUUCAAGAUUGGAUCCAAUCCGAUAACCAAAAUCCAAUCAGCUUACUUUUGAACAACUGGCCCAUAAGGGUAUAAGAUUUUAUAAUUCACUGAGAUUGCUGUUUUGAUAUCACGACACAACACAAUUCUACAUAAAAAUACAUUUACAAAAAGAAUUCUGUUGUUGGAGUUCAUACAUUUAUAUACAAACAGUAACAUCAUUGUGUGUGUUUACAGUACAGUAAAAACAACUUCUGUUGGUGGUGUGUAUUCAUUUUUUUCAAAUGUGUGUGUGUGUGAUCCUGAAAUAUUUGUAUUGUCCCAAAAUGUGGAAUAAAUAAAGCUUGCAAAGAUCUACUCUU